UAUAAAAACUUGGUUCUUCUGAUUCUAACUACACUCAUGGAGGUGGUUCUUGUCUGCUUCCUUCUCUCCACUCUGCACAAACUGCCGUAUGAGCUUGAAAUAGCUAUGCUUGCAUUGGUGUCUCUCAUAUGCAUAUAUGGAACUUUGGCUUCGUUGAUUAACUGCAUUUUCUCAACAAGAGUGUUGCCAAUGGGACCUCCCAUUUUUAAGGAAAAAAAUAAAUCAGAAUUAGAUCAGGAGACACCCUGUCCAGUGGUCAGCUCUCGCCACACCAGCGGCCUGUUAAGAAUAGCUGGGCUUCUGGACGACGGAGGAGUGUGCGGUAUUCCCACAGACACUGUGUAUGCUCUGGCUGCCUCCUGCAAGAAUCCCCAGGCAAUUGAGAAAAUCUACAACAUUAAGGACCGACCAGCAGAGAAGCCUAUAUGCAUUUGCAUUUCCAGUGUAGAGCAGCUGGUGGCAGCCAAGCCUCCUUUCAGCCCUCUGCUGUGGGAGUUCAUGAGGAAUGUUUAUCCAGGAGGCAUCAGCUGCAUCGUCAGCAAAGGAGACUGGCUUUUCCAGCUUGGAGUGGGAGCAGCUUAUGACCGUGUUGGUACCAGGGACAGCAUCAUGAUCCGUGUCCCUGAUCAUACGGUGACCUGCCACUUAUGUGACAUGACUGGACCACUUGCCAUCACAUCAGCCAAUCCCAGUGGAGAACCAGACAGCACCCACCACAGCAUGGUCAUCAAUCGACUUGGGCACAAAAUCCAAGGGGUUCUCUGUGAUGGUGGCUCAAAUGAGGUUGUUGCUUCCACUGUGGUCAACUGUCUGAGGAUUGAUGAAGGAAUCAUCAGUAUUGUAAGGGAAGGUUGUGUUCCUGCAGCAAGGGUUCACCAGAUCUUUGACAAAGUGAGAAGUACUAUGUUAUGAUCAUCAGUUUCUGAAAGACUUCAGUUUAAUCCUGAUCUAACAUGUUCUGCAGCAGUAUAAGUUCUGCUCUUUUUUUUUCUAUGUGACCUUUCACAAUGAAAUCUUUGGUGGAGCUUUUCUGC